AUGAGUUUUCGUAGCUGGUACUUUUCCAUUGUUGAUCCCCUACAAAUAUUCCCCAAAUAUUCAGGAAAUGAAAAGUUUUUCUUGAUUUCUUGCGAUAAAGUAUUUAGUACGAAGAAUCAGAAAAAGUUUAUAACUAUUGAUAAGGGAUUUCUGCUUUCGAUUGAGCCGAAUCAGCAACAGCAAAAAGACUCAAAAUAUAUCAUUUCCGAAAAUAAAACAUUCAAGGACAAUAUGACAACAGACUAA